AUGUUAAAGUUAUUUCAAAGUUUUAUAGGAAGAUGGAGUUUUCAUAGAGAUAUAUCACAUUUUGCACAGACAAAUCAAACAUUUGUUAAUCCAUUCCUCUCAUCAACAACAGUCACUCCAACAUCAUGUAAUAUAUCAUCUCAGUUUCAAAACUCGGGCAGUAGCAGUAGUAAUAAUCUUCUCAUGAAUAAUAGUUUAUUAGAAGAAAAGAUGACUGUCGAUGGAUUUGCAACAUUUACACAGGAUUCAGUAGAUUCUCAAUCAUCAUCAUCAAAAACAACAACAACAACAACACCAUCAUCAACUACAUCAACGACAAUAGACGAUGAUAAAAUAGUUCAACCAUUACGAUAUGAAGAGAAAGGAUUACUAUUUAAAGAGGAUGGUACAAGUUGUCCUGUCACACAAAGAUAUAUUUAUUGUUACGAGCAUGAGAAGAUCAAUGUCUAUUUCGAUGGAAAUCCACCAACACGGUUGUUACACUCUUUGGAUUUCGUUAAUUCUGCGCUUGCCACAGGACACCAUUGGUGUCCACCCGACAACUACGAUGCUACCUAUGAAUUUGUAUCUUCAUCGGAAUUCAAACUUACAUACUGCGUACAAGGUCCAAAGAAGAAUUACAGAAUGAUUACCACUUUUAAAAGAGCAGCAACUACAGAUUAA